AUGUGCACCGCUAAUCGACCAAAGCCCUGCCAAGCAAAUCUUUUGUCAGAUCAUCUGCCCAAAAUCAAAAGCCCGGACUCAGCAGGCCCCGUUACCGGCGGUUCUGCCUACGAAGCAGGAAAGGCAAAGCCCCCGGUUGCUGCGGCUUUGUCGGAAAGCCCUGGCGGCACCAGCCCCGGCCGGCCCCCCCUUGGCAGUCCCUAUAUAGCGGGGUGUGCAAAGGGCUGCCCAUCGCCGCUCCGCUCCGGCUCCCGCUCCUGGCCCUGGAAAACAGCCAGCAGAAAUGUCUCAAUACUCGGGAAAACCGUGUCCCUGCUCCUAAACACGGGCCCUUUCUCCUCCUCCCCCCAGAUCACUUUCUACGAAGGCAAAUGCUUCACGGGCAGGAAGCUGGACGUGUGUGGCAGCUGCAACAGCUUCCAGGACCAAGGUUUCCUCAACCGAGUCAACUCCAUCUGCGUCCAGAGCGGAGCUUGGGUCUGCUUCGACCACCCCGACUUCCGAGGGCAGCAGUACAUCCUGGAGCACGGCGAGUAUCCCGACUUCUACCGCUGGAACGGGCGCAGCGACCACCUGGGCUCCUGCCGGCCCGUCGGCAUGCACGGCGAGCAUUACAGGAUCGAAAUAUUCGAGGGGAGCCAUUUUAGGGGUCCCAGCCUGGAGCUGACAGAAGAUUGCUCCUUCCUGCAGGGACAAGGCUGGGACAAGGCCUGCAUCAAUGCCCUCAAAGUCUACGGCGACGGCGCGUGGGUGCUGUACGAGGAGCCCAACUACCGGGGCCGCAUGUACGUGGUGGAGCGCGGCGAGUUCGGCAGCUUCAGCGAGUGGCAGGCGCGCAGCGCCAGCGUCCAGUCCAUCCGCAGAGUCGUCAACUACUUCUAGCUGAGCCUUCCCCCUGCCUGCCAUGGCCUGCUGAGACCGAGCAUCACCCUCCUCCCCUCUCACUGAC